GAACAGCGCGCGCACGCCCCAGCGCGGCGUGGGGCCGGGAGCCCGGCGCCUCUCCUUCCAUGGCAGCGCAAUCGCCGGGGCGGUCGAGCUCCUUCCGGCAGCUGGCACCUUGCGCGAGCGAACCUGCUGACAUGACUGAUCAUGGGGAUGAUGAGCUGUCCUCUAGGGCAGGGAGUCCAGACGGGGAAGGUCGGGUCCCUGAGGAGAGAUCCUUGCUGCAUCAGAGUCUGGCCGUCAGGGAACUCAUCGACACCGAGGUCUCCUACUUGCACGUGCUCCAGCUCUGUGCCUCGGACAUUAGGAGCCACCUGCAGCAGCUGCCGCAGGGAGAUCUGGAUGUCCUGUUCUCAAAUAUUGAUGAUAUCAUCAAGGUGAACAGCAAAUUGCUUCAUGAUCUGCAGGAGACAGCCGCCAGGGAAGAGGAACAAGUGCAGCUGAUCGGCAACUUAUUCCUGGAAUUCCAAGAGGAGUUGGAGCAAGUCUAUAAAGUGUACUGUGCCAGCUAUGAACAGGCCUUGCUGCUGGUGGAGACCUACCGGAAGGAGCCACGGCUGCAAGGGGAGAUCCAGGACACCAUUGAGGCAGUGCUGCCUCAAGCUGGACCCUCAGGCCUCAGUUUCUUGCUGGUAAUUCCUUUGCAGAGGAUUACCAAAUACCCAUUGCUGCUGCAGAAAAUUCUGGAGAACACACUCCCUGAUGCCAGUGCCUACCCUGUCCUUCAGAGGGCUACCUCUGCCCUCCAGGACGUGGUCACCAACAUCAAUGAGUACAAGAGGCGCAAAGAAGUGGCCUCCAAGUACACCAAGGUGGAGCAUCUGAGCCUCCGGGAGCGACUGGCCCGCAUCAAUAUGCACACCCUUUCCAAGAAGACCACCCGGCUGAGCCAUCUGCUGAAGCAGGAGGCGGGGCUCGUACCCAAGACAGAAGACAAGGAAUUUGAUGACUUAGAAGAGAGUUUCCACUGGGUGUCGCUGUGUGUGACCGAGCUGAAGAACAAUGUGGCUGCUUACCUGGAUAAUUUGGAGGCUUUCCUCCGCUUCCGGCCCCAGGAAUACGAUCUGGACAUCCCUGGGGGGCCUGUGGUGCAGUACUGUUACCUGGCAAGAGACCUGCAGCUCCAGGCCUUCCCUGAGUUUAAGCAGCGGCUGGAAGCCCUGGUGUGGCAGCCAUUGUGCAGCCUGGCCAAAGCUUUGGCCGGCCCUCAGAAUCUGAUCAAGAAGCGUCUGGACAAACUACUGGACUUUGAGAGGGUGGAAGAGAAGCUGUUGGAGGUGGGCAGCAUGACCUAUGAGGAGGAGGCGGCCCGGCACAUGUACGAGGCACUCAACUCCCUGCUAGUGGCUGAGCUCCCACAGUUUAAGCAGCUGGCCAUGCAGUGGCUGGGCCAGAUCCUGUGCACAUUUGUGACCCUCCAGAGGGACCUUGCAAAGCAAGUGCUGCAGAGGGCAGAGGACAGCUUGGCCCAGCUUCCCCACCACCACAUCUCUGAUCCAGCCUUCAGGAAGCUGGUGGAGGAUGCACUGGGCCAGACCGGUCAUCAGCUUCACUCCUUUCAAGAGAACUUCGAGAAAGUGCUGCCACCUCUCACCAAACAACCACUCCUUCCAGGGGCUGAACGCCAGGUGCAGGCUCUCCUGAGCAGGUAUGGCCCGGGAAAGCUGUACCAGGUGACAAGCAACAUCAGCGGGGCUGGAGCUCUGGACCUGACUUUGCCUCGGGGGCACAUCAUAGCCCUCCUUCAAGACAAGGACACCAAAGGCAACAGCAGCCGAUGGCUGGUGGACACCGGAGGACAUCGAGGGUAUGUGCCAGCUGGGAAACUGGAGCUGUACCACGUGGUCCCCCGUGAGGAGGAGCUCAGAGGGCAGGCGAGGCCUCACAGGGACUCCCAACGUCAGACACCAGAGCCCACCUUGGCCCCUGUCCCUUCUGUCCCAGCAGUGACCCAGGUGGUGGCAGUGUACCCCUUUGUGGCCAGAAGCAGCCAUGAAGUGAGUCUGCAGGCAGGCCAGCAGGUGACUGUCCUGGAGGCCCAGGACAAGAAGGGGAACCCAGAAUGGAGCCUUGUGGAAGUGAACGGACAGAGGGGCUAUGUGCCUUCCAGCUUCCUGGCCAGGGCCCCAGGUCCAGCUCUGUGGGGCUGGAGUCUUCCCUCUUAGGGUGCCCUGCUUGGAGCCCAUGUUCCAAGAGGCUUAGAGGCUGUGACCCUGGGAGGGAAAAGAAGCAAAGAGAAGGUGGGGUGGAUGGGGAAAUCAGGUCAGGGUGGGGUGAAGGGUACCCAGAAGGCAGCCAGAAGAGGUAGGUGGGCCUUGCAGAGUGCCUGGCGUGGGUGGACAUGAAAGGCUCCAACCAGGACGGCUCAUUAUGUCUGCAUGGAGAGGGCGUUCCAACCUGAGUCACAACACCUGGGAUGGCAGGUCACAGCUGAUUGGCCAGGACUUGCUUAUGGCCAAUCUUACCUGUGCCCCGUCUGUUCCUGCCCAUGGGAGUGGGUCACCCAGGUGAGCUUUACCUGUGCGCCGUGUGGUUGCAUGGAGGCACACUGGAGAGUCCAGAACCGCCUGGCCUGGCAGUUCACUUCCUUCCUGUGGUAUAAAGAGAUACAACAGCCGACCAGUCAGCUUUUAUUUCUCCAUGCUGGGAGCUGAGUUAUCUUGGGCAAUGAACCCCUGGGAGCCCUCUCUAGCAAGGGAACGAGGGCUUGUUGGGGCAGUGGAGAGGUUCCCAGGAGACUUUUGGCUGUGCCAAGGAGUAGGUGUGAGCAAGUCACGAUUCUGGAAUGUGUUAAGGCAAAUGCAGAGGCUGCUCCAGGGAAGAGGGGAUUUUUGAGGGUGUGUUAGGUGGGGUGUGUGAGGCUGUUAGCAGAAGUUGUACACUGCUGCUGUGUUCUCUGGAUUAGGAGACAGAGGGGUAUGCAAGUCAUAGAGGAAACUCUGUGAAGCAGGUAACUAAAGGCCUGGUGGGUGGGUAAUGACUUGGUUUCCUGUUUCUGGAAGAAGGGGAGCCAGUGGAACCCCCAGUGGUUUCAGGAGGCUGCUGAGGGCUUGGAGGCAACAGUGGAGGUGAUGUCAGUUGGCUGUGGCCCCUCAGACAUAGGACACAACCUCAGUUUUCCCAUCUAUAAAGACCUAACUCAUAGGCUUGUGGUGAGAAUGACAUGAUGCUAAGGAUGUGGAAGCUCCUUGCAAGUCGUGAAGUGUGAUAUAAAUGUAAAUUGCAGGAUGUCUAGGAAGUGGUCUCAGGAUGGCCCCAGCCAUCGGCUGGCCACUCGCCAUGCCCAUGGCCAUGAUGGACAUUAUUAAUCACUGUGGCAUCCUUUCCCAUAAACCCAGGAUCCCUCCCAACACUGCAAUCUAGGUAAACAAACUCUUGAACUUGGUGAGAUCAAACUUAUUGUCAUCCCUUUCUAGAACUUAGAAAUUGAAGCCCCUCAAAACAGUUCCUGUUCAAGGAAGACUGACCGCUGGGGCAAAUUUGGGUGCAGCCGCUAUUGGAUCAUCAUCUCUAGGUUGUAACUUGGGGCUCACAUAAAUUGCAAGAUUCACAGGAGAAAGAAAAGGUGAUCCAUUGUAACUUUUAAAACAAAUUACAGAUCGUUUAAAAAUAUAUUACAGAGAGGGCAGAGUCAAGAUGAUGUACUAGGAGGACGCGGAAUUCGCGUCUCCUCACAACUAGGGCACCUACCGGGCACCAGUGGGCGACCACGGACAUCUAAGGGGACGGGAGGAACCUACAGUGACCGGCUUGUGGGAUCUUGGUUCCCAGGCUGGAAGUUGGGCCUGAGCUCCUGUGGUGGGAGCUCUGAGUCCAAACUGCUGGACUAACAGAGAACCUCAGACCCCAGGGAAUAUCAAUUGGAGUGAGGCCUCCUGGAGGACCUCAUCUCAGCACCAAGACCUAGCUCUGUCCAACUGCCUGCAAAGUCCAGUGCUGGACGUCUCAGGCCAAACAACCAGUAAGACAGGAACAGAGCACCACCCAUCCAAAAAAAAAAAAAAAAAAACAGAAAUGACAAAAAAAUAUGUUACAGAUGAAGGAACAAGGUAAAAACCUACAAGACCAAAUGAGAUGAAAUAAGCAACCUACCUGAAAACGAAUUCAGAGUAAUGAUAAUAAAGAUGAUCCAAAAUCUCAGAAAAAAAAUGCAGAAAAAAAAGAAACAUUUAACAAGGAUUUAAAAGAACUAAAGAGCAAAUAAACAGUGAUGAACAACACAAUUACUGAAAUUAAAAAUACUGUAGAAGGAAUCAAUAGCAGAAUAACUGAGGCAGAAGAACGGAUAAGUGAGCUGGAAGAUAAAAUGGUGGAAAUAACUGCCAGGGAGCAGAAUAAAGAAAAAAGAAUGGAAAUAAUUGAGGACAGUCUCAGAGACCUCUGGGACAACAUUAAAUGCACGAACAUUUGAAUUGUAGGGGUCCCAGAAGAAGAAGAGAAAAAGAAAGGGUCUGAGAAAAUAUUUGAAGAGAUUAUAGUCAAAAACUUCCCUAACAUGGGAAAGGAAAUAGUCAAUCAAGUCCAGGAAGCACAGAGUGUCCCAUACAGGAUAAACCCAAAGAGAAACAUGCCGAGACACAUAUUAAUCAAACUAUCAAAAAUUAAAUACAAAGAAAAAAUAUUAAAAGCAGCAAGAACAACAGCAAAGCAACAAAUAACAUACAAGGGAAUCCCUAUAAUGUUAAUGGCUGAUUUUUCAGCAGAAACUCUGCAAGCCAGAAGGGAGUGGUGGGACAUAUUUAAAGUGAUGAUAAGGAAAAACCUAUAACCAAGAUUACCCAGCAAGGAUCUCAUUCAGAUUCGAUGGUGAGAUUAAAACCUUUACAGAUGAGCAAAAGUUAAAGAGAAUUCAGCAUCACCAAACCAGCUUUACAACAAAUGCUAAAGGAACUUCUCUAGGCAGGAAACACAAGACAAGGAAAAGACCUACAAAAACAAACCCAAAACAAUUAAGAAAAUGGUAACAGGAACAUACAUAUCGAUAAUUACCUUAAAUGUAACUGGAUUAAAUGCUCCAACCAAAAGACAAAGACUGGCUGAAUGGAUACAAAAACAUGAUCUGUACAUAUGCUGUCUACAAGAGACCCACUUCAGACCUAGGGACACAUACAGAGUGAAGGUGAGGGGAUGGAAAAAGAUACUCCAUGCAAAUGGAAAUCAAAGGAAAGCUGGAGUAACAAUUCUCAUAUCAGACAAUAUAAACUUUAAAGACUAUUACAAGAGACAAAGAAGGACACUACAUAAUGAUCAAGGGAUCAACCCAAGAAGAAGACAUAACAAUUGUAAAUAUUUAGGCACCCAACCUAGGAGCACCUCAGUACAUAAGGCAAAUGCUAACAGCCAUAAAAGGGGAAAUCGACAGUAACACAAUCAUAGUAGGGGACUUUCUAACACCCCACUUUCACCAAUGGACAGAUCAUCCAAAAUGAAAAUAAAUAAGGAAACACAAGCUUUAAAUGACACAUUAAACAAGAUGGACUUAAUCUGUAUUUAUAGGACAUUAUAUCCAAAAACAACAGAAUACACUUUCUUCUCAAG